AUGGGUAACUCUUUGAGUGAUAUAUUAUCAAGAGUUGAUUCCUUAGACCUCGACCGAAUUUCCAAAACCUUAAAAGAUGACUUAGCCUUCAUAUCAAACCCUUCCAUUAUUUUCGACAUAGAUUCUCUCUUAUCUAGAUCUGAUCUUGACGUCUAUCAAGCCCCAGGACUCGACAAAACCAAACCAAAAGAAGACGACGUCACAACUGACCAAGAAGAAUCCAUGAUUUUAAGCCUUGAUAACCCUGAUCGCUUUCACGAAAAACACGCUGACGCCAUAAAAAAUCUAAUUGAAGACAUUUUGAGAAAAAGAACUGAAGAUUCAUCCACAAAAGAAAUUAUAAAAAAAUUCCAAGCAAUUUCAAAAUCCUUUGAGAGCUUAUUGAGAAUUGAACAAUUUAAUAAAUUGAGAGGCAAAAAUGAGGAGAAAAAAGAGAAAAUAAAAAAAACAGCCAUAUCAGAUAAAGCAGAAAUUGCGAUUAGUGCUGGGCUUAGAACUAUUGUUAUGAUUAUAGAGACUGUUAAAGAAAUUAAGCCAGAGCUGCAUGAGAGAUUAAUACAGCAGGCUUGUGAAAUUUUGAAAGAAAUUCCGCCGCUGUCUUUACAGUCAAAUGAGCCAGCUAUUGUUAACAGUUUAACUGUAAUUACUCAGUUUUUUGAUUCAAUUUUGAGAAAUGAAAGAAAAACAAAUUUCGUCCCGCUGCUAUCACUAUGUAUUGCUUCUGGGAAUUUAAAUACUAUUUUAGCGCUGGUUGUAAGCCUUUUUGUGGUGAGACAAGUUGAUAGAGAAGUUUUAGAAGCAAUUUUUCCUUUGUUGAAAAUUUUUAAAGAUUUUGGGGCGUUAUCCCCGAAAUGAAGUAUAGAUAAAUGUGGGCCGGAAAGUAAUAUAGAAGAUUAUGGGACCGCUGUAUCUGGGCAUAGGUUAUUUUUUAUGAGAAAAAUAUUUAUUAAAAGUGUCCAAAAUUAUAAAUGAUAUUGGCAGCAAUUUAUAUAUACAAAUAUAUAUCAUAAAUAGCCGGUGACGUCCUCGUGGCGGCUUCAUUAUGUAUUUUUGUGAAAGGAGCUACCCAAGGGUUUGGUUAGCCUAAACGAGAGGCCCAGCACUAUUUAAGCUGGUUAGUGGCCUGGCUUGAGUGACAUCUUUUUUGCCAACAGUGUCUAGGCCCAGGUUGGGUGUCCGGUAGAGGCAAGGUGAUUUACCUGCUUUGGCUGUUUUUGGCCUGUCCCAAAACGCCUUAGGAGGAGAUUUUUUCUUUUGGUUAUGAGUUAGGGGAAAAAGGAAGAUAGACUAGAUAAGACUGAAGGGCUACAGUCUCUCCAAUUGAAAAGGGUCUCAUAUGUGGCGAUCUGACCUAAGCUAGUUGCCUAGGUUGAAAGUGGAGGUUCCCGGCAAAGUCUGUAUGGCUCGGACCAUGAAGGGAAAAUAUAGAACUUGCCCGAGGAUGGCGCAAAAUAGCGCCAUCCUCGGGCAAGUUCUAUACCUCUAUCAAGAACAAGGGGUUUCGGCUUUGGCUCAAAUUGACUGUGGAGCCCCCCCACGACUCACGCCAUUGAAAAAAUGGCGCUCAGGAAGUGGGGACUAUAAAUACACUUCUCUAAUAUAAUCUAUAUACAAAAUAAGGAAAAUGUUGAUUAUUUACCCAGAAUUGAUUUUUUUGAAGAAAAUAAAUAUCCCGUAUCUGGAGAAAGUGGCUGGUCAACAGUUCUUGGUGAAGACGAAUUCCGAUCAGGCAUCCACUAUUUCGAAGCAAUAAUAGAAAAGCUUUCUACUGAGAAUUUAAUGCUCGGAGUUGCUGAUGCAAAAUACAACUCACUUACUUGUUGGGCAGAGAACAGCUUCACAACUAUUUCAUAUCAAGCAGAUUCCACUAUAUGGUUAAAAAGCACUGAAAUUUAUAAAUGGGAAAAAUGAAGCAUUGGUGACAAAAUAGGAAUGCUUUUAGAUAUGAACGAGAAAACAGUCACUUUUUAUAAAAACGGAAUAAAAGAACCUCAAGAAAAACAUAAACCUCUGCCUGAUGUCGUCAAAAUUUAUACAAGCCAAAGCGGGGUAUCCAAAAUUCGACUGGUUAAUCCUGAGGAUUACCCUGAAGAGGUUGCAAAAUUAUUGGGCAUAGAAAAGCAUGUGGACAGUAAUUUAUUCAAAGAAAAUAAAUUAUUUAAAAUUUUUGGAAAUGAAGAAAUUAAUGAUGAAUAUUUAGGAGUGACGUCAGGAGAUAUUUUGACGUUUAUAUUGAAUAAGCUAGCUAAUGCAAAUGAAAAUGUCUUGAAUUUCCUUCAAAGUGAAAACAAAGCAUGUACUCAGCCAAAAAAGAAAGGAAUUUCAAUAGAUUUGCGAUGCUCUACAUUAGACCAACUUGACUUAAUUUUUGAAAAAAUCCUUAUUAUAGCCAAAAAAAAUGAGUUUUCGAAGCUGAAUUUAGAAAAUUGUCAUAGCUGUUUUAUAUCAUUACAAAAAAUUAUUAGAGCGCAUUUAUUGAUAUCAGAAUUUCACAGUGAAAAUGAUUUAACUUCUCUAAUAAAAAAAAGAAUAUUUGACCAUUCGACAGAACUAAUAUGCUAGAUUUUUUAUAUUAGCCUGAAAUUUUUUAAUUAUUUUAUAUGCAAAUUUUUUAAAAAUAUGCUAGGCGUUAUGCGAUUUUCAAUAUAAAAAUAGCAUAUUACUUUUGCCUAAUACGAAAUCUUCAGAAGAAGCUUCAUCAACCAUAAGUUUGUGCUUUGAUAUAUUUUAUGGAGAUCCCAAAGAAAAACUUUUAUUUAUGGUAACUCGGCUUGAAAAUAGGAAAAAAAAUAAAGAAGAUAAUGAAGGAUUGAUUAAGCUGCAAGACAAAAUUUUCAGUGAAAUGAAAAAGCCAGAAAAAUUAUUUUCAGCAUUAGAGCUUGUAGGAGAAGAUCAAGAAAUAUUAAUAAGAAAAUUUAUAGAUUUGCUAAUUGAAUUUGCGGCCCAAGAAUCUAUAAAAGCAAUACAAGGAAAGCAAUAUGAUAUUUCCUUAUUCUCCCUUUAAAUUGAAACAAAAAAUCGUAAAAUUUCCAUUUUUUUGGUUCUAUAACACCCUUUUAAUUAAAAAAAUUAUUUUAUCAAUGAUAAUAAUAAUUUUUAUAAAAUUAGUUUUGGCUUAAUUUAAUAGAUAAAAUAAAAGUCAUAUCAUUUAACACUGAAUUGAUAAAUUCUUUUAAUUAAUUCUUGGAAGUGCAAGCCGAAUUCUAUCUAUUUAAACAGUUUCGCAAUAAACCAAUUAAAUUAUUUAAUUAUUUCUUCACAAAAAUAAAUUAAAUUCGAAGUAUUUUCAAUUUAUAUGUUUUACAAACUUUAAAAUUAUUUUAUAUAGAAAAAUAAAGUGGGGAAGUUAAUAAAACUACUAGAAACCGCCCAAACCGCCAUUUUUUCUCAAGCUGCCAAAUCCAUUUUUUCAUCAAAAUGGCUUGGAAUUUUAUCUUUAUACUCCCUCUCCUUUUUCAAAGCCACCUCCGAAAUAAUUAAAACAAUUCUUGAGCUAUACCCUAAUGGAGAAAUACCUGACGAAUUUUACAUAAAAUCCAAAGACACUAUGAUUAACCAAACACUCGAAAUAUUUUUGCAUUUACUUAUGGUCACAAAAUCAGAUAUAAAUUUCUUAUCAAAAAUUUUAUCAGAAAUCCAAACUUUAAUAUGGACUCUCCACCGAUUUCCAGCAAAACCUCCAAUUUUGAAUACAGAGCCAAAAGCAUUUAGCCAGAUUUUUGAAAGUGAGCAUAACUAUAAAGACAAUAUGAAUACUGAGUAUCUUAUAUUCUAUAUAUCUAUUUUUUACCUAUUAAAAAUCCUAUUUGGUAUAUAAAAAAUUAUUUAAUAAAAAAAUCCCAAUUUAGCUAUACAAUUUCCGAGAGCAAAAAAAUAUACAUUGAUCUUUGACCCUCAAUGCAAAACAGAAAAUAGCUGCGAUUAUUUAGAACUGUGAACUGAAAAAGAAAAGUUGAAUAAACUCGCUAAAUGGACUGGCACUGACUGGCCUAAAGAACCUUUUGAAGUAAAAAAUCCUUUAUUAUUUUUUACUUUUCAUUCAGAUGGCUCGCAAAAUGACUAUGGAUGGAAAAUUGAAAUAAAAUCUUAUAUAGAAGCAAGAUACACAGAAGUUUGGCCUACAGGUAUUAUGCAAGCUGUGAAUGUUUUGAUGGGAAUUAUUGCGUCAAAUUUAGUGUCUGGAGAAUAUGAUAAUAAGCCAGAAAAUGAAGAAAUUGUUAUAACCUCUUAAAGACAUAAAAUAUUUAGAAAUAGCCAUAUAGGCUCUAUUCCCUGGCGAAUAUAAAAAUUAAUAGAAUUUUUAUCAAAAUAAAAAAUGUAUAAAUGACUAUAAAUUAUUAGCAAACCCUAUGCUGAAAUAUGGAAUAUCUGAUAACGCAUUAGCAAUAAUCAAAGACCCCUCGCCUGUAAACCAAGAUUUAAUUACCCUAGCGACGAAUAAAAGUUUGGUCAAAAAAGCUAAAAGAGCGCUAACAUUAUCAGGCUACCCUGAAGUAAUCAAAAAUCGAAUAAUAAAAAGCAAAUCUUCAGCUAUCACGCUUGGAGACUAUAUUUUUUUUACUUUACUAGCUCUUUAAUUUAUAAACUCUCCCAAUAAGACAUUUAUAUAUUUUUAGAAAUAAUAGGAUUUACUUAUUAUUGGCAAUGCAUUUUAGAAACCAAGCCAUAUAAAAAAGCAUAUAUUGCUUCAUAUCAAAAAAUUCAGAAAAAUCCGAGCUUCUCUAACAUCCAAUUUUUACAAGAAUUAAUUGAUGGAAGCGACAGAGUUAAAGCAGCGUGGACCAAUUUAAAGAAAAAAUCAGGAAUUUUUGGACCUUCGACUAAUACUGGAGGCUCAGAAAUGGAUCAGGCUGAAAGAGCAAUUUUUGCAGUUUAUAUUGCAUUUUUUGAUGUAAUUGACACAGUUAAUAAAAUUUUUGACUCUCCUGAAGAAGUUGGAUUGACGCUGAAAUUUAUUAUAAAACAAAGCAAUUUAAUAAGAGGAUGGGCACAAAAGCAUAAGCAGCAGCUAAUGGAUCAUGGAAACCCAGAUAUUACUUAUACAGAUAUAAAUAGAGAUAUAGUAAUAAAAUCAGCAUUAUUAUUGGCAGGGGAAUAUAGAUUUAGCUUAAAUGAGCUUGGUGUCAACAAAGUAAUGAAAAAUUUAUUGUCAAGCGUUGCAAAAAUGCAAACUAGUCUAUUUUAUUUAAAAUAAUAUUUAUUUUAAUAUUAAAAAUCCACUUUAUUUUUAAAAAUAAAAAAUUAUUAACGAUUUUGUAGGAGAUUUUUUUCUCAAAAAGAAUAAAAAUUCUCUUCCUCUUAAAACAGCAAGCAAAUGAAAAGCUGUCAAAAAAGCUGUAAUAACCUCAUCAAAACUAAAGGGUCUUCUUACUACAGCCUCCAAAAUAAAACAGCCUGAAAAUGAAGACAUUAAAGAAUUUCUUAAAGUCGCUGAUUUUGUUACCAAAUUUUUAGAAUCAUCAAUUUCGCUCCAAGAAAUCAUGGAAACUAUAGAAAAAAGGCGGACUAAAGGGAUCGCAAGAGUACUUGGAUUAUUGCUGUUUUCUGAUUUGAUUAAAAAUUCUAAUAAAAAUGAAACUGCGAUUGUCAAAAUUUUUAGUGACUCUUUGAAGAAAAAAGGUGAAAAACACCAUUGCUGGGAUGGAUUAUAUCCUUUUGAGGUAUUUAAAAUCAAUAAUCAGAGUAAAUUAAUAAAAUUUUUAUUAGCGAAAAUUAAUUAAUUAUUAUUUCAAACACCCGAUUUGGGUAUAGAAGGAAUUGACCCAUUUUUGUUAAAAUGUGUCCAACAUUCAUUUUUUGAAGUGUAUGAAACUUUGCAAAAAGAACUGAAAAAAAAUGAUGACAAUAAAAAUAAAAUUUCUGAUUAUGAGUAUUAUUUAUCAGUGAUUGAAGCUAUGAGUUACCCUCUGAAAGGAAUUGAUGGAGAUCUGAUUUUGGAAAAGCAAUUUUCAAUGACGAUUUCACAUUUACUUAAAUGGGCUAAAGGUAAUUUUGGAGAAGAUGAAAUUGUAAAGCCUUUUAAAAAAGAAUUGUGUAUAACUAGAUUGGGGAUUUUAAUAGAAAAUGAAGUGCCUGAAAAUUCUGAAAAAAUAUUAUUAGAAGAAAAAAGAGACGAGAAUAAUUUAUAUGCUAAUUAAAGCAGUAAUUUUAAUAAAUAGCAAAGAAUAUUACUAUUUCAUAUAAAAUUUAGCGUUAUUUUUAAAAUAAUAAAAAAUAAUUAUUUUGAUGAGCUUAUUUACUCCCCCCCCCCCUCCGUGAGCGAACAAAAAAACCAUUAGAAAAAUCGCCAUUUUUUGACCAAAAACCCACCCUCCGUGAGUGAACAAAAAUUUUUUAAUAGAAAACAUUUUAAUGGAAAAAAAUUUUGAUAUAUAAGUGAUAAUUAGUAUAAUGAAAUCUAGAGCUAAUUCUGUUUAAUUUUAAACAAAUUGCGUUUUAAAACAUAAAUUUUGCAAAUUAAAUUAAUAUUUGCUUCCCAAUUUUUGCAAAUUAGGAUUUUUUUAAAUUUCGAAAAAAAAUAUUUUUUAUAAAAAUAUAUAUAUAUAAAUUUUUUUUAAAAAAAAAAAUUAACCCCCCUCCGUGAGCGAACAAAAUUUUUUUGUUCGCUCACGGAGGGGGGGGGGGAGUUAGUAAUUGAUAAAGGUGGAAAUGCUCAGCCUAUUGUCGAAAUUUUAUUAGAAAGCCAUCUAAUUAAUGGAUAUGAAAAGGCAACAGAAGACUUUGUAUUUAAAGGUGAAAGCACAAUUAAAAAUGUCAGUUAGAAGUAGGACUCAGCUUCUACAUCCAAACUCAGUGAGAGAGUCCACGACUAUUUGAGAGUUUUGGCUCAAGAGAAUGGGUUACACUGAGUCUGGUUAGAUCAGAGUGGUCCUAAGAGGCUUGGAGACAGAAACAGGUCGACAGUUAGGCAGGCUCGCCUACCCUUAUUCAGAGCUUUUUUCCAUGCUGAGGCCAAGAAAGACUUGAAGAGUUAUCAUAAACCUAAACUUAAAGGUGAAAGAAAAUACAUUCUAAUAAAAAGAGACUCAGAAAAACCAAAUCAAAAAUAUCUGACAGGAAUUUCAAACAAUUUAGAAUUUUCUUUCACAAAUUAUGAAGAUUUGCUUUCCCCUGAGCUCGAUAUCGACACAAAAACUCGAGAAUCAUUAAAAUUGAAACUAUCCAAAAGUUCAUGAGGAUUAUUUAAACAAAUUUUAUACUCAAUAGUCGGCUCCUGGGUUGAGCCUAACGAAUCGACAAAAAAUUUAAUUCAAGAAAUUUUCAUUAAAGUUUUAUUUGACGAGUUUAAGUUUGACAAAAUUUUUAUGGCUCAAAAUACCGACCAAUUCAUAAUUUCACAAAUUGUAAAAGGAGAAAACUGAAUCGGAAAAAAUAUUAUUUCUAGUGAAUUAGUAAAAAAUCCAGUCAAAGAAUGGAUAAGGCAGUUUAAAAAAGAAACAGAAAACUUCGAAGGAUUUUAUUUAUGUGAAAUUAUUGAUGAUUUUAUAAAUAAAGCUGACCCUGCUAUGAAAGGAAUAAUCCACCAAAAUGAUCUUAUAAGGCUCGACUCUUCUAUUGUAGAUACUUUGGAGUGCUAUGAAGAAAAUAAAAAUUCUAAAGGUGAAUAUGAUUUUUUCAGAUAUUUAAAUGUGUUUAAAAAUUUCAGCAGCCAGUUUCCGGAGGAUAUACAGGAUUAUAUAGGCAGCUCCCAGCUGUGGCAUCAUCUUAGAAAUGAUUAUUAUGAAGCUUUAGAAGACUAUAAUAUGACAAAUAUACGCCAAGUGAUAGAAAAUUUUAAUAGAAGAAUCAAGCAGUCAGUCGAAAAUUCUUUUUCAAAAUUUUUGGAAUUAUUUUUAUCGGCAAAUGAGCCAGGGAUAAUUAUUCCAGAAAAAAUACCUGAGAAUGCACCAGCAGAAUUCAAAGAUGAAGCAGGAAAUUUAUAUUGAUUGGAAUUAGUUAUUUUAAUAAACUUAAAAACAAGGACUUAUUUUUCAUAUAAACCAAAGCCAAAAUUUUCAUUAUAAAAUUAAAUUUAAAUAAAAACACAAUAGAUUUUUAUAUCACAAUAAAAGCUAUAACCUCAAAUAAAGAAAAAUUCAAAGACUAUUACAAUGAAAUUAAAGAUGCAAUUUCUAUGUACAACGACCUGCCAUCGUCAUGCAAAUCUACAUCAAAAGCAAUUUCAGGACAAAUUGACUUUAUCAGCUCAUUAUUAUGGACACUAUACGGGUCUCUAGGCUCUCAUUGUCUUACAAAACUCAUCGCCCGUGAGGAAUAUUUUGACACUUUAUUAAAAAUUACCUUUGCAAUUCCCUCUGCAAAAACAAUUUUACUAGGAACUCGGAUAUUGCGGCACAUAAUUCCUACCCAGCAUUCUCCCCAGACAUUUCUUCCUUAUUGGGAAAAAAUUGGAAAAUUAACUGGAAAUAAAUUUGAUUUUAUUUCAUUUUUGCUUAUUAAAAUCGGAAAAGGUGCAAUUUGGUAUGAAAAUGAAAGCUCAAAAGAAAUAUCGCUUAGAUGGGCUUAUGAAGCUGAAAGUUUACUUUUAUCACUGACUGCUGUUGAAAGGUGAAGAUAUGAAGUAGUAGAAGUGUUAAUAAGAACCCUAAGGGAUGGCUCUGAAUCUUUGAUGCUAGGGACUCCUUUGUCUGCAAUUCAUGCAGGUGCUUUGUAUUUCAUGGCUUCAUCAUCUAAAAAUUUUGAUGGGUAUGGUGUAAUUCCAACAGUUCUUUCUCAAGCAAAGCUGCUAAACUGUUCUCUGCCUAGAGGAAUUAUUAAAGAAAUCACUAGCCCUAAUGCAAGAUUUUAUUCAGUAAUUGAAGAUACAACAAUAACUGAAAAUCUUGAAAAAAUCGACUCAAUAGAAGCACAAAUUAAUAUAAAAUUAAAUGAACAGCUUGAUAGCGAAGAAAAAGACCGCUUAAGUGCCUCCACUAUUUCAUUCUGGGAAACCCUUAGAAGUUCUUCAAAUGUGUUAAUAAAUGCAAACUGUGACUCUAUUGCUAAUCUUCGUGCUUUAUAUACAAAACUUGACAUAAUCUCUAUGGUCUGCAUGAUUGAUACCUUAGAAUCAAAAGAGCCAAAGUAUUCAGAAAUAGAAAACAUUAUAGGAAAUGUAAUUUCUAAGAGUAAGCCACAGUUAACGAGCUAAGUGUGAAAAAAUUUAUGAGUUUUUUUUAUCUGUAAUUUAUUUAUGCUAUUUAAGACAUUAUUUUAAUGAUUUUUUAUAGAAAAUCUAUUUUUCUACAAAAAUUUUAAUUUUUCAAAAAAAUCUCUAACAUUUUUUUUCAUACUAUUAACAGUUAACGACUAGUAAAAAUAGCUAUAUUAGACUGAUCAGUGAAAUAUCCAAGAAAUUGCACUCAAAACCAGCAUCACAAGGUGAAGAAAAAAAAGAAGAAGAAGAAAAGCCACUAACUGAAGAAGAAGCUCAAAAUAAAAUUGCCCAAUGGAACGACAAUGACCAGCUAUUAGCAAUUGAAUUGGUAUCUGUAGAUAUCCCAAUUGUGAAAAUCGUGAAAUGCUUUGAAAUGGGGAUCAAAGAAAAGCAAGCUAUUAUUGAUUGAAAAGAACCAGAAAAGAUACAAAAAGUGGCAGGGCAGAUCUAUAGAUUGGCGCUGUUUAAAGAAAGCUCUUUUAUUCUAUUUAUAUUAAUCUCUAUUUAUAGUAAUAUAGAAUAUUAAUAUAAUUUAUUAAAUAAAAUGGUAUAAAUUAAAGAUUUAACUGGAAAAUCCGAAUUUUACCAAAAUGAAACCAAGCAUUUAGUAAUAAAAAACCCAAAGCAAGCAGCUGAAAGAAAAGAAUAUAAAAAUUCUUUACCUUAUGAUAUUUUCCAAAAAAAUAUAGAGCCUUUAGCUUCUAUCACAAUAAUGGCGGCUAUACAAGGACAAGCUAUAAAUAAUAAGCUUUCUUGUGGACUUAUUGUUGGGGAUUUAGAAAUUGGGAUCACCACAGCAAUAGGAAGGCCUCACUUCGCUAUAAAUAAUGAACCAAAUGGAGAAGCAAGCUUAUUUGAGCCUUUAAUUAUAAGAAUUUAUGCAAAAGCUAAUGGAGAGGUUUCAAUUACAAACGAAAAUUCAAAAAUUCAUGUAGAAAAAAUAUGUGGAACAGUUUUUAAUGGAAUUAAAAUAGGGGAUUUCGGAGUUUACCUAGAUAUCGGAGCUUCUGCCAGUUUACUAUGCUUUGAAGUCUAUGAAAAUAAAUAUGAAGGUGAUCUUCAGUCAAAAAUUGAGCCUCCCAAAGAGUUAGAAGGAGGAGAAAGAUAUGUAAAAAUCCAAUUAAAAGACCAAAAUUUAGAUAAAUUCAGGCUGCAAUUGCUUGGAUUUUCAGACGAAGAAAUAGAUGAAGCAUUAAAAGCGUCAAAUGAUUUAAGCUCAGCAAUUGAUUAUGCGUUGAAUCGUUUUGGGGUAGAAAAUAUGAACAAUCCACCUUUAAGUUUAGAACAAGAAAUGGUGACAGAUAUCAAAAUUUUUGAUAAAAUUGAAAAAGUCCCACCUGGAUUCCAUAUCGUAAAAAUAUAUGAAAAUGGAAAUCCAAUAAAAUUUGAAAUUCCUAACUCCUCUCAGUAAGCGAAAAAAUUUUUUUUUUAUAAAAAAAUUAUAUAAAAAUUUUAUAGUAAAAUAUUUUGUUCGAAUUUAAAAAAAUCUCCAUUCAUAAAUAUUUGAAAUCAAAUGUUUAUUUAUGCUGUAAAAUUAAUUUUUUAAAAUCUAAACUGUUUAAAAUUAAACAUAUUUGCUAGAGAUUUCGUUAUACUAAUAAUCACUUAUAUAUAAUAUUUUUUGUCGAAAAAUUUUAUAUUAAAAAAUUUUUUGUCUGCUCACGAAAUGUGCUUUUGGCAAAAAAUAGGGAUUUUGCAAUGGUUUUGUUCGCUCACAGAGGGGAGUAAAAGAAAAAUAUUAGCUAUGAAAAAAGAAAAAAAAGUCAGUGGAAACGCUUGCGUAGGGUUUUCUAUAGCUGGAGGUGCUGCGGGAUAUACUGACAUUGGAGAUCUAAGUAUCAAUGAUGACAGGACUAAUCAAGUCUCCAUCAAAAUUUCUCAACCUGACAAAAAUAGCCCUUCUAUAAAGGAUAUUGCUUUUAUAAAAGUCUCUUCUUAAAUUAACUUAAAAAUGCAGCCUCCUUAUCUUGUCAGCUCCAGUAUUGAUUGGAAAGGCUAUGGACUUCUGCGGCAUGCUGCUUGGGUUGGGCGAAGGUUAUCAGCAUAAAAAAUCCCAAAACAUGGAACUGUCUGCAAAAAGGAAAAACUCAAAGACUGAAGCGUAACUCCCAGUAUCAUGCUAGGAAGUUACCCGAAUGGUCGAGGCGUUGCUCGUAGACGCUGCUGGACUUUCACUUCUCAACUCUGAACCCCUCCUUUUCCCUCAAAGUAAAAUCCAAUUCUGAAAGCGGACUAAGGCUAGGCUCUAUACAUUACCAGAAUUAAUUACCUAGCAUUGCUAUCAUUUCUGGUUUAGCAAAUCCUUGCCGGAUAUAAAUAAAAUGUUCUCGAGGCUUCAUUGCCUCCCAGCAUUGCCUGGCCGAAAAUCCAUUAUAUUUAUAUGAUAAAUUCUCUUCAGUAUAUUCUGUAGUCUUGCCAUACGGAUACCAAUUACUUACUGAUAAAGAUAAUAAAGCUUUAAAUAUAGCGUCACAAGACAUAAAAAGCUAUUAUAUUUUAGUGGCAGUAAAAUACCCAGACUCAGUGCUAAAUUGUCCUAUCGUUCCUUUAAAAUCUAUGGAAAUUUCAGGGACCGAUACUCAUGGACUAGUAGAUCAUAAAAUUGGAGAAAAUUCAAAUGGUGCCCAAGUCGACGACUCAGCUAGUUAUGAAGCAUUAUCUCUUAUGGAGCUUUAUAAUUCCUUGCUUGAUAUAGAAGAAAAUAGAAGACUUGCAAUAUCAAAGAAGUUACUAGUCAGCACACUGAAAAAAUACCCCAAUAUGAUUACCACAAUGCCAGGCAGAACCAGCCUUGGGCGUCUUUUAACUCAUCUGGAGUCUGAAUUAGACCAUCUAGAAGCUCCUAUUAGAAAACUACUACAAAAUCUGGACGGUGAAAAUUUCCGAUUAAAAGCUGCAAAAGAGUGCUUAAAUAUUUUAAUUUCCUAUUUAAUUUGCAAUACCUCAGGACAAAGAUCUUCAACCUACGAAAGUGUCCAUCCUUAUGCAGAUAAUUUUGACGCUGAAGGAGUCAUUUCUUUCCCAGGGGCAAAUGGAAUCCGUAUAGAAUUCGACCCCAGAUGCGCGACUGAAGAAUCAUGCGAUUAUUUGAAAUUUUAUGAAAAACCUUCAAAACAAGGAGAAAUUAAAAAUUUUUCUGGAACUGGAACUUCUAACUCCCCCCCCCCCCCCCCCUCCGUGAGCGAACAAAACCAUUAGAAAAAUCGCCAUUUUUUGACCCAAAAACCCACCCUCCGUGAGUGAACAAAAAUUUUUUUAAUAGAAAAAAUUUUAAUGGAAAAAAAUUUUGAUAUAUAUAAGUGAUAAUUAGUAUAAUGAAAUCUAGAGCUAAUUCUGUUUAAUUUUAAACAAAUUGCGUUUUAAAACAUAAAUUUUGCAAAUUAAAUUAAUAUUUGCUUCCCAAUUUUUGCAAAUUAGGAUUUUUUUAAAAUUUCGAAAAAAAAUAUUUUUUAUAAAAUUUAUAUAUAAAUUUUUUUUAAAAAAAAAAAAAUUAACCCCCCUCCGUGAGCGAACAAAAUUUUUUUGUUCGCUCACGGAGGGGGGGGGGGGGGGGGGAGUAAGUGAACUGGUUUUGAGGUCCAAAAAAGUACCAUUUAUUGAUAUUUUCAUAGUGACGGCUCUCGAAAUGACUGAGGAUAUCGAUUUACCGCCACUUCUCUUGGUGGUGAAAAAACAGUAAAACCUAACGGCGCUCUUUGGAUGCUAGAAAAACUCAGAGAAUUCGCAAUUACCAAUGAAGAAUUAAGAAUUUUAUAUACUCCUCGGUUCCUUCAGCCACUAUUUUUAUUCGUUUUAUCUGCAAAUUCUGUUGACGACAAACUCCGGGCUUUAAAUAUUUUGAAAUCUUAUAUGAUUAAUAAUAACCCCACAAUUGAAAAAAUAAUAGAAAUUUCACUAUUAGAAGCCAAUGAGCUUUACCAUGAAAAUGAAGCUGCAAAAACAUGGAACCAAAUUUUGCAAGCCCUGAUCACAUUUUUAUUUGAAAUUGGGAAUUUUUCGAAUUUAGAGAACCAGGAACAGUGAUUUAUGGAGUUGAAUGAGCUGGUUUCUGAUAUGAAAGGGCUUACAGAUAAAGACGAGGCACUAGAAAUGUUUUUAUUUGACAGGUUUAAAGAAAGGAUCAGCAAAAAUGCAGAAGAGGUGAGAGAGUCCCUGCACCCUUAUAAGAGGCAGACUAAAGUGGAAAAAAUUCAAAUACCAGGGGCGCUGUUUUUGAAUAUAGAAAUCGAUCCAAAUUCUAUGCUGGAUCCAAGUGAGACAAUUUAUUUUAGUUAUGAUAAUAAAGGCAAAAUUCCUGUUGAAAAUGUGGAAAAUUUGGUGUUUAAUCAGAUUAAUGAUUGCUUUUGGAUGGAAAAUCCUAAAGGUAAUGGAAUUUUGUUAGAAAAUAAAAACAGGACUGCAAGAAGAGAUAAUGGAAAUGGGUAUACAACAGCUAUUUUAAAUCAAAAUUUCAAUAGCGGGAUCAUAAAAAUCACUUUUUCUAUAGACAGUGAUGGAAAUAAUGACAAUUUUUAUAUCGGAGCUAUAAAAUCUGACGAAAUAGACUCAGCUCUCAAUAGCUGUAUAGGGAUUGGCUACCAAAAAGAAUCAUGAACUUGGAAAAAAUCCGGCGACUUUUACAGUAAAGGCUCAAAUACCCAUGGUGCCAGCUUCUCCUCAGCUGACUUACUUUCAAUCCUGCUAAACUUCGACACAAAAGAAUUAAUUUUUUUCAAAAAUGAUACAGAAGUCUGCAAAUUCACUCAAAUCGCUGAAGACAUAACCCCAGUUGCCUGCUUUGGUGAGAAUUCUUUAUCUGUUUCCUUAAAAUGCAUACAAAAAGAAGGCACUAAAUACAAUUUAACUGUAAAAGGUGACAUUGUCUAUGGUUGGUAUCCUAUAAAUUCCAGCUAUUUAAUAAAGCAUUUCUGAAGCGAUUCUAAUGAAAAUGCUAGCAUUUCUACUGAUAAAAGGACACUAAUUAAAUUUGAGGACUCCCCUUCAAUAUAUGCGACUACUCCUGAGCUGAAAAUUGGAAGAAAUUAUAUAGAAGUUUUUAUCAAUUCACGAGGAAAAAUUGGUCUUGGAUUCACAUUUUCAUCAAUAUUUGCCCAGAAGCUCAUAGAGCACGAAAACUCUAUCAUAAUUUAUUCAGAUGUAGAAGGGUUUUCUGUAAAUGACAUUAUUGGCUGCUAUAUAGACUUUGAAGAAGGAAAGUUCAAAUUUUAUAAAAAUGGGAAAUUUUUAGUCACAAAAAGGCCAAAUUUCCAAUUUAAUGACAAAAUGGAGCCGCUGAAGUUUGUAUCAGUUUUGACCAUUCCUGAACAAAGCAUUACUAUUUCAGAAUUUCCUAAAUUUCCUGCAGAUAUCGAUAUUAUAAAUAUUUCCUCAGAAAACGAUUAUAUUUACUAUGGCUACAAAUUUAAAAUAAUUCCAAAAUUUACUGGGAGGACCAAAAACGUGAUAAAUUCUUAUUUUAAUUACGCCUCAGAAGAAACCAAAAAUGACUGGCAACAAAAUUACUCCCAGAAGUACAAGCAUUUAUUUAAAAAUGGCGCAGCUGAACAAUUAUGCAUUUUCCCUUAUAUUUCCCAGUCAAAAAUAUUUCUGAUAAGUUACCAAAAAAUUCAUAGAAAUUUAUAUAGUAAAUUAUCUUGAUGAAUUCACCCAAUCCAAAGGUCUUGACAUCCUAAAUUUAAAAAACGAAGAAAUUAAUCCCAACGAAAACGAAUUAAUUUACUAUCAAGAAUUAGAAAAAAUCAGCAAAGACGACAUGCGAGAAUUAUACCAAAUUUUACUGAGGUUCAAUAAAAGGGUAGAAUCUUCUUUGUAUUUAUUUAAUUUGCAUCUAGACUCUAUAGCUUCUAUGUCUGAGCUGCAAAGGGUGUUCAUAGGCUCUCGAAGCUACGUGUUUUUCAGGUUCAAAAAUGGGAUUUUAAAAGACAGCUUAACCAAAACAGCUAAUGAAAAAAGAACAGAAAUUACCAUAGAUCGGCCUAAAGCAGCCCGACAUAGGGACAGAAAAGAUGUAGACGUCUAUGGCCAGUUUUCUAUUUUUGGACAAAUUUAUAGGUGCAUGAUAAAUAUCCCUAAUACAGAAUUCAGAAAUUCAGAAAGAGUAUAUAGAGUCACCUAUCGUGGAGAAGCCUCUAUUGAUGCAGGAGGGCCUUACAAUGAGUCUAUGAGCAACAUGUGUGACGAGCUUCAGUCAAGCUACCUUAGACUUCUGGUGCCUUGCCCUAAUAAUGUCAACAAUAUCGGGGAAAACCGUGAAUCAUGGAUUAUAAACCCAUCAGCUGACUCCCCACAAGACCUUGAACUCUUUACCUUCCUAGGCAAACUUAUGGGGGCAGCCAUAAGAACUCAAAAUAAUUUAAAUAUUUCUUUCCCUCCGUUAUUCUGGAAACGCCUCCUAAUGGACCCUUUAUCAACAAGAGACCUCAGAGGCAUUGAUGUCUGCACUGUCCAAAUUUUAGAAAUUUUGAGAAAUCCUGAAGAAAAUCAGCUGACGCCUGAAACUUUUGCGUAUGCUUAUGAUGAGAAAUUUGCUACAAAAGACUCAAGUGGACGUGAAGUUGAGCUGAUCCCGAAUGGAAAAGAAAUUUCGGUUACUUAUGAGACUGCCAAAGAGUAUGCAGAUUUAAUUGAAAAAUUUAGGCUUAGUGAAGGCGCGAAGGCGUAUGAGGCGAUUAGGAAUGGAAUAAGUGCAGUGGUGCCGAUUGAUUAUUUGAAUUUGUUUAGCUGAAAACAGGUAGAAACUCUUGUUUGCGGAGCUUCUAAUAUUGAUAUGCGGUUUUUUGAUGUAUUUUUAAUUAAAACUUGGUGUAAAAAAUGCUUAUAGGCAAUCUAAAGGAAAAGACUAUAUAUAUUUAGAUAUUGUGAAUUGUAAUGGAAUUAUUUUUACUUAAAAAUUGGCAUGUUUAAAGGUAAUUUGUAUAGAAAUUCUUAAGGGAAAUACUGAUUAUGAAAACUGCAGCAUAAAUGACCCUCACAUUUCUACCUUUUGGGAAGUUUUAUUAGAAAUGACUCCUAAAGAAAGAUCUUUAUAUUUGAAAUUUGUAUGGGGAAGAUCUAAGUUGCCAUCAGGAAAAGAAUGGAAACAUAUGAAAAUUACUCGAUAUCUGCCUCAAGGGCCAGUAAACAAUUAUUUGCCAGUCUCUCACACUUGUUUCUUUUCUAUUGAAUUGCCAGCAUACACAAGCAAAGAAGUUAUGAGGGAAAAAAUGCUUUAUGCUAUCACCCAUUGUACAGAUAUUGAUUUAGAUGGAAGGGCAAGCGGAGGAUGGGAAGAAGACGAUUAA